AUAUAUUCUAAAAAGAGGCGAAAAAAUUAAUAAAUAAAGAAUAAGAAAAAAGAAGAAUUCUAAUUAGCUGUAUAUAUGCUAGCAAAUUGUAGAGUCGAAGUUGGUUAGUCAAACUAUUUUCCGGUGCCAAACUAUUGAACUUUUUAAAAAGAAACUAUUGGUAAUCAUUCUCAAUUUCUCAUAGAGCAAAGCGUUAUAAGUAAUCCGUUAAUUGUAGCAAAAGACUAAAGUCAAAAUAUAGAUUAAAGUCAACUUCAUUAACUAAUUAAAACCUUUAUUAAAAAAAAAAAAAAGAAGAAGCCAACUUUACUAAACAAUGCAAAUAGUAUUUGCAGAAAACUAUAGACCCAAAAACAAAAAAAAAAACAAUUAUUUAGAAAAUGUAAAUGAUAAUUACUAAAAUAAAUAACAUUAAUAAGCAUGUUUAUCCUAAAUAAAUCUAAAGUAUAUCACAUUUACAGCAAACAACGAAAUCGAGCCGUCCGUUUCCAGAACCUCUGACCUAGCUGAAUGAACGGUCCAGAUCUCUCCCUACAUUCCUUGAAAAUAAGAAUCCAAAUAUUCGGCAACUCCACUCUCUGCUGCUUUGAUCAAUCCAUCGUCUUCCUUAUAGCUUCUGAGAGAUUCAUCAAUCAUGUCGAGGAUCAUCGCCAUUCUUCUUCUCGCUAUUUCUCUUCUCCUCUUUGUUUCACCGAUUGUGCAAGCCAUUGAUGUCCAUUACUGUGAAGAGAACGCAAAGUAUGAAGUAAAAGUGAAAGAGGUUGAUAUAUCUCCUAACCCUAUUGCCCCAGGCGAGCCAGCUACUUUCACCAUCUCUGCCAACACAGGCCAUGAGAUUUCGUUUGGUAAGCUCGUGAUUGAAGUUUCGUACUUUGGAUGGCAUGUUCACUCUGAGACUCAUGACCUCUGCACUGAGACUACUUGUCCUAUACAAACUGGAGAUUUCUUGGUUGCACACUCUCAAGUUCUUCCUGGUUAUACUCCUCCUGGUUCGUACUCUCUGAAAAUGAAGAUGCUUGAUGCGCAGAAGAAGGAGCUAACAUGCAUUAAAUUUGCGUUCGACAUUGGACUCAGAUCAUCGGUGGCUGAUAUUUAGAGCAGCGUCAGCUCUAUUGGUGAUUGUAUAGAUAGUUUAGAAAAUUUGUUAUUCUUUCUGAUAAGACCCUGAAUGUGAAUGCACUCUUACUUUUUGGACCCCAAAUGUGAAUGUCCUUCACCAUAAGAUCUAUCACCAGGUCUUAUGGCAUCAGUCAAAUGCUUGGAACGGGUAUAAGUGACAAGGUCUCAACCAUCAUAUGUAAUGCGAAAAAGUAAUCAGAGUAAAGUAUAUGAUUAAAUAGAAAUUUGACUAAUUCGAA